AAAUGAGAAAUAUUAAUAAAUGAAAUCAAUUAUACACAGCACACUAAGACACACCAAACAAAGACAUCUGCUGAUAUACUAGUGUACAGUACUGUUAGCCAUGCGCUGAUAAAACCUAAGACUAUUUAAAAAUGGAUAGGUUUUUAGAUUGAGGAUGUAGCCCAUUAUCUGAGAAAGUUAAUACAGAAGAGCCUAGGGUGGAAAAAAUUAAACUGUGAAAAUUGGAUGACUCCAGGGGGCCACAAAGGGAUGCACCGUACACAAGGGGGGCCUCAUGGUGAAAAAGUUUGAGAACCACUGCUUUAGAUAGAGUAGUACAUAGUUAUUUGAACUAGUUAUUUGAAGCUGAAAUAAUAAUAAAAAAAAUUCUCUGUCUUUGAAAACUUUGGGUUUUUCACAUCUUAGAGAUUGAACAUAUACAGUCCAAAAGUUUGCAUGCCCUUAGGACGAAUUAAUUUAACCAUCACGACAUUUAGUGUGGUACAGUAGGUUUCACAGAUAUUCAUUAUUUCAAGUAACAUACAGUGAUGCUAAUAGGCUUUAUUAAUAGCUUAUUAAUAUCUGAAAAGUUUUGCACCUUUCUCAAUGUGAUUAUCCCUCAUAAUAUGUAUGUCCACCUUUUGCCUUUAUAACUAAUUUCAACAAUCUCCUGAACAUUCUCCUGCUAUCUCUGCUCUCAUUCUGCCAGACUGCUUGCUCAAUCUUUGUCCAUUUGUCUUGACAUAACUGUUAGGCUACAACUCCGAAGGAUAUCAUACUCGGCUUCCUUAAGAUUAGGUUUUGAGUGUGAGAGACAAAGCUGUGAAUUGUUUCUUUUCAAACUAUUCUACUUUUUUUUUUUUUUUUUAAAGUCUUUGGAGUGAUUAUAGCUUGUAAAAUAGAGGUGCGUUUACCCAUUUUACACAGAAAAUACAAGCAGGGGUUUACAAGCAGGAGUGAAAUUUUCAUCUCCUCCCCCAUUAAAGUUGGACCAAGUUGCAGACGCAAACUAGGAAGUACGAAGGGCAAGUCAAGCUGAGGCGUGGCCUGCCAGCCACUUCACCUCCAUCUACCUGAACACAAAACGCUUGUCACCACUGAGAGGAACUCUUCUAUAUGACAUGAACGGGACUGAAGGCACUAUAUAAGGACAAACGUGGGUGUGAUGGUGUGCUAUUUGCCGUAAGCAGUAUCCAAAAUGGCAGGUGAUACCAGCACACUGUCAUGGAAGGUGCCAAGCCCGGAUUUUGACGGGCCAAAAACCCCUGUGUUUGCCCUUGCUGGAGAGGGAGGCCCUGUGAAAAUACUUAAAGUAUGCUUCAGCAGCAGCAACAACCUGAAAAACUUCAAACUUGUCAAGUGUGAUAGCUCCUGGCAGAUAAGGGCUAUCAUCCAUUCCAUCCUGAUCAGUGGGCGUUUGGGCCCUAAUGUGCAGAAUGCAAGUUGCUUUGGCCUGAGACUCAAACACCUGAAGUCUGAGGAGCAUCACUGGCUGCAUCCUGAUUUGACUGUGGGAGAGGUGGAGCAGCGUUAUGAAAAACUUCAUGUGGAGGCAGAGUGGAGAUAUGAUCUGAGGAUUCGCUACAUACCAGCUAAUUUCUUGGAGAAGUUUAAAGAUGACAAAACUUCAUUGUUAUAUCUAUAUCAUCAGGUUCGGAGUGACUACAUGCAGCAGUAUUCUAGUAAAGUCAGUGAUGGCAUGGCAUUGCAGUUGGGUUGUCUGGAGAUCAGGAGGUUUUACAAAGACAUGAAUGCCAGAGGCCUCGAGAAGAAGUCCAAUUUUGAAUUGUUAGAGAAAGAAGUUGGGCUAGACCUUUUCUUUCCACAGAAACUGAUUGACAGUAUGAAGCCGAGGCAGCUCAGGAAGAUGAUCCAGCAGACGUUUCAGCAAUAUGGCACACUCAAAGAGGAGGAGUGCAUGGUCAAGUUCUUUAAGACCUUUGGUGAAUUCAUUAACUUCAAUGAAGAGGUUUUCCCUUGUGAACUAGUGCAAGGCUGGAGUCUAACAGUGGAUUUAGUCAUUGGAGCAAGGGGUAUUCGCCAACGAAAACAAACUGAUUCACAGACACUAAGUUUAGCAGACUUUAAACAGAUCCGAAGUAUUAAGUGCACUGCACAAAGUGAUGGCAAAGCUCUGUUAGACAUUGACAUCAAGGGAGCCAAACAGCCUUUCUCAGUCAAUGUGCCUACAAUGGCGAUUGCAGAGAACAUGGCUGACCUGAUUGAUGGCUACUGCAGGUUGGAGAACAAUACGGAUUCAUCAUUGAUAGCUCGACCCAAUAAAAGUACAGAGCUCCGUAGCUCCCUUCCUGCAAUCCCCUCAGGUAUACUGUUGCCUGAACCCUUGAAAGAGACUGGACGGCAGAGUCGGAAUUCUGAUAUAUACUGUGAAAUUUCGGACGAGAAACCUCCACCUCCUGCAGUGAAAUUCGGAAUCUCUAGGAACUCCAUAGUCUUGGGACAUAUUUUGGGCGCAGGUUUUUUUGGAGAGGUCUUUGAAGGAGUUUACAAAAAAGAGAACGGUGAGAAGAUCAAAGUGGCUGUAAAGACCUGUAAAGGGUGCUCACCUGAUAUCAUGGAUAAAUUCAUGAGUGAAGCAGCUAUUAUGAAAAAGCUGGACCACCCUCAUAUAGUGAGUCUGAUAGGUAUCAUAGAGGAAGAACCUGUGUGGAUCGUCAUGGAGCUCUACCAGUAUGGUGAGCUUGGGGACUACUUGAACAAAAACCAGAACACUUUGACCAAUGUCACACUAGUCCUGUUUAGCCUGCAGAUUUGCAAAGCUCUGGUUUACUUACAGGGUAGGAACAUGGUACACAGAGACAUCGCCGUGAGAAAUGUGCUUGUCGCCACACCAGAGUGUGUGAAGCUCGGUGACUUUGGCCUGUCCAGAUACAUAGAGAACGAGGAAUAUUACAAAGCCUCUGUUACCCGAUUGCCAAUCAAAUGGAUGGCCCCUGAGUCCAUAAACUUUCGUCGCUUCACCACAGCCAGUGAUGUGUGGAUGUUUGCUGUCUGCAUGUGGGAGAUACUGAGUCGGGGGCAGCAGCCUUUCUUCUGGCUGGAGAACCGUGAAGUGAUUAAUCAGCUGGAGAUGGGCAACAGGCUGCCUAAGCCAGAACUGUGCCCUCCUGCCCUGUACUCACUCAUGACCCGCUGCUGGAGCUACGACCCUAAUGAGAGGCCUAGCUUCACUGAACUUGUCUGCAAUAUCAGUGAUGUGCACAAAAUGGAGAAGGACCUAGAAGCAGAGAAGGAGAGAGACAGAAACAGAGCCACCAGGUUCCUAGAGCCCAAGUUCAAUAUUAGUGAACCGCCUCCAAAGCCCUCAAGACUGAAUCCUGGUCGUUUUGGAAAUACCCUCAAUUUCGGUCUGCACAUUCAGAUAAACGAGGCAUUAUGUGCCAGUUCUCCAGAUCUGGCUAGUCCAUGUGAAUAUCAGUCUCCUGUAGACUCCACCAACAACUUCAUGCUUCCCACCAUGCCUGCCCGGCGCCUCAGUCUGGGAGAGGGGGAGUUCAGUGUAGGGCCAUCCAGCAUGGAGGACGCACAGCGCCUGUGGCAGGUAGAAAAGGAACGGAUGCAGGAGACCAUAAGGAAACAGAAGGAUGAGAUGGUGGAGGACAAACAGUGGCUGGAGAAAGAGGAGAAGCUUCUGGACCCUAAAAUAAAUGAGACCACAGUUGAGAUGGAACCAGACCCUCAACCUAAUAAUAAUGACCUUCAAAAGCCUCCUGAAAAGCCUCCAAGAAUUUCAGUGCAGCCUGCCCCUACAGCAGAGCUAGAUCGCUCUGAGGACAAGGUGUACGAGUGUGUCAUGGAUCUGGUUAAAGUGGUAGUGCAGCUGAAAAAUGACGUGAACACACUACCAUCCACUGAGUACAUAUCCUUAGUCAAGUCUGUUGGAUUGACUUUGAGGGAUUUAAUUUCCAGUGUUGAUGAUGUUCUUCCAUCUUUACAAGGCGCUAUAAGGACGGAGAUUGAGGGCACACAGAAGCUGCUGAAUAAGGACAUGGCGGAGCUGAUCAGUAAGAUGCGGCUGGCUCAACAAAACUCUAUCACCUCUCUGAAGGAGGAGUGCAAGAAGCAGAUGCUGGCAGCAGCUCACACGCUGGCCAUGGAUGCCAAGAACUUGCUGGAUGCAGUGGACCAGGCACGAGUACGUGCCAACCUGGCUAAGCCGAAACCUGAGGAUGCAGUCUUCCUUGACACAGACUAGAGAGAGAUAAAGAGAGAGGACGAGCUUGGUUCUAUUUGUGUUCACAAACAAUCUGAUUCAUAGACAAUUUUCUAUGCUGUCAAAAAAGGUACUGUACUGGUACAUGUUUAAUCUCAAAGGUACAAACACCCUAAGAGGUACAGCAGAGGUCUUGAAAUUCUGAAUAUGUACCUUGAAUGGAUUUUAAAGGUACACUACGAUCUCUAGGUACAGAAUGCAUACCCUUAUGGUUAUUAAGUUUAGUCCUCCUUUUCAGCUAUAGUUUCCUGAAUACAGAUUGCACCUGAAAUAAAAGACUGUUUAUAGGUUAUCCUGUCACUUCAAAUUAAUUUUCAUUUUAGUCAGGAAACCUCAGUGUCGUUGGAUGUACUGUACAAUCUGCUGCAAAGUCUAUCUCCAAGAAAUAAUAUCUUUGUAAUAGGUGAGUUAGGUGGCAUACUUAAGAGUGGGAAGUAAAUUUUCUUGGAGGUAUUUCAGACUAGAUUUCAUCUGGAGAGCAACCUUGUUUCUCUACAGUGAAGUAAUAUCUUCAUUCCAUCUUCCUGUAUUGAGCUGCCAGCUCCUGAUACAAUCAAACACAUUCCUUUAAAUGUAGUGUUAGUGUGUUACUGUAUAAUGUGAUAAUUAGCACUACUAUUAUUGGUAUAAAAUGUUUAAAGACAUACAAUGGUCAUGACAUUUCUUUGAUUGCAGAAAUAUGUACCCAAAUACUGUAUAUAGAGCAAAAGUAAGUAUCUACAUUCAUAUACUUUCUCAACUCUGUACGGUUCAAGGAUAUGUGACUGACAUAUAUUUAGAAGCAAGCUGUAUCAAAUUGUAUCCGGUUUCAUAAAUGAUAUCUCAGUGUUGUAUUCUCGGGUCUAGGUACAUUUUCGCAACAAACUGUGAGCUAAUAAAAAUGUCAUUGAAAUAUAUGGUCUCAAAAUGAACACUUUAUCUUCUACGGCAUUACAAUUUUGUGGCAUUUCAAAAUUAUUUUUCCAGCUGUGUCUGUG